AUGUCCGCCCCUCCCCUCCUCCCCCCCGACUCCAUCUCCGUCCAGGGCCUCGCCCUCACCACCCUCAAAGCAGGCCACGACACCUGGCACCGCGCUCCCCGCCCGCAACCCGUCCUCAUCGACUGCGCCGUCCGCGCCCCCGUCGCCCUCGCUGGCAUCUCCGACCUCGUCUCCGAAUCCGUGCACUACGGCAUCCUCACCAAAGCCAUCACCUCCGCCGUCGAGGCCUCGCCCGCGCCUGACUUCACUCCCGCCCAGCAAGGCACCGGCCGCGCGCUCGCGCACGAGGUCGUCGACUCUGCGUUCGGCGUCGGCGCAGAACACGUCUCUGCGCGCCUCGCGUUUCCAAAGAAACUGCUCCGCGCCGACGCAGCGGGAUGGCAGGUCGUCAAGCACCGCUACACGCCGUACGGCUCCGCGCCGGUUACAAAAGAGGUUGAUGAGUUUGCGUUCAUUGAGAAUUUGCGCGUGUAUACCGUCAUUGGCGUCAACCCGUGGGAAAGGCUUGAGAAGCAGGAGGUUGUCGUCAGUGUUGAUAUGAGGACAGAUGAGCCUGCUGAGAUUGACAUUGUCAAGAUUGCAGAUGGUCUAGUUGAGCAAAUUGAAGCCUCCGCAUAUCUAACAAUCGAGGCCCUCGUCUCCGCCCUCACCCGCUACCUCUGCGUCGACCACGCCCUCAGCUCCGCCUCCGUCCGCGCCCUCAAACCCCGCGCGAUCGCCUUCGCGUCCGGUCCCUCGGUCUCAAUCACCCGCACGAAACGCUUCUACUCGACCGAGGCCGCGCGCUUCUCCUCCGUCGACCCCACCUCCCACAUCGCGUACCUCGGUCUGGGGAGUAACCUAGGCGACAGCGCCGCCCUACUCUCCGCCGCGCUCGACGAGCUCGAGAAACGCGGCAUUAAAGUCCUGCGUACAUCCUCCAUGUACGAGACCGCGCCGAUGUACGUCGAGAACCAACCCCGGUUCCUGAACGCGGUGUGUAAAGUCUCGACCACGCUCUCGCCGCACGACCUCCUCCGCGCGGUGCAGGACGUUGAAAAGAACGCGCUCGGCCGCGUAAAGCUGAUCGACAAGGGCCCGCGCACGAUCGACAUCGACAUCGAGCUCUACGACGACAUCGUCAUGCGCGACGGCGCCGUGCUCUCGAUCCCGCAUCUCAGCAUGCUCGAGCGCGAGUUCGUCCUCCGCCCGCUCGUCGAGAUCGCGCCGGAGUACGUCCACCCGGUCACGAUGAAGACGAUCGCCGAGCACUUUGAGCAUCUCUGUCCUCCCGCGACUUUUGUCUCGGAAAUGUACUCCGUCGUGCCGCUCAAGACCUUCCGCGGCUCGUCAAAGCAGAUGCUGUUUGACACCGUGCACCACGUCCGCACGCCGACGUACGUCAUGGGCAUCCUCAACAUCACGCCGGACUCGUUCUCCGACGGCGGCAAGAACGAGGCACCAGACUCGAUGCUCGCGUCCGCGCGCGAGUUCGUGGCUGCCAACCCGGACAUGAUCAUCGACAUUGGCGGACAGAGCACGAACCCAAAGUCCGUCGACCCCGGUCCGGAGGUCGAGGCCGCGCGCGUGGUCCCCGCGAUCAAACUCCUGCGCGAGCAGCCGGAGUUUGUAAACACAAUUAUCUCCGUCGACACCUUCUACGCGUCUGUCGCGCGCGCGGCGAUCGAGGCCGGCGCAGACAUCAUCAACGACGUGUCAGCCGGCGCGCUCGACGCGGACAUGCUCGCGACCGCGGCUGCGCUCGACGUGCCGAUAAUCCUGAUGCACAUGCGCGGCACGCCGCAGACGAUGACGAGUCUGACGACCUACGACGGCGACGACGUGGUCGAAGGCGUCGCGGCCGAGCUUGCGCGGCAGGUGCGGGCGGCCGAGGACGCGGGCGUGAAGCGGUGGAACAUGAUUCUCGACCCGGGGCUCGGGUUCGCCAAGACGCAGGAGCAGAACCUGACGGUGCUGCGGGAGCUGGCGUACCUGAUGCGGUCGCGGCGCGGGUUCGAAGGGUUGCCGUGGCUGGUCGGGCCGAGUCGGAAGGCGUUUAUCGGGCGGAUCACGGGGGCGGCGAAGGCGAGCGACCGGGUGUUUGGGACGGGCGCGGCGGUGGCGGCGUCGAUUGUUGGAGGGGCGGAUAUUUUGCGGGUGCAUGACGUGAAGGAGAUGACGGACGUCGUCAAGGUUAUGGAUUCGAUUUACAAGAGGCCGGAGCAGUUACGUUCGAGGAGGGUUGAGAAGGUUUAG